AUGAAAGCCCUGGUUAAGGUACCAACGCAAAGGAAGAAAGAGAAAUCUGCUUCAUUGAUGGCAAUUAAGAAACCUUCGAAAAAUAAAGAAGACAAUACAGAAUUGUCUGAGAAAAAAGAAGAAUUGAAUAUUAAUAUAAAUAGAAUAAGAAAGACAGAUAAGCUUUUAGAUCACAGUGAUACUAGUGGACAUUUAAGAUUAAAGAUAUCUAAUGGUAAAUAUGUGCCAUCAGAAGAUAGUCCAACUGAUAUAGGAUCAAGGAGAUGUACUCCAAAUGAAUCAAAAAAUAAUGACCACUGGUGGUCAGGUCCAGAUUGGUUAAAUAGACCUUCUAAUGAUGCAUUCUAUUGGAAACCUCCCGUAUAUUUACCUAAUGAUAAUAUACUCAAGCAUAUGCAUGCUAGAAUUUUGCAUACGCGAAGUAGUUUAAGAGAAUAUUCUUGGUUCAAAAAGGGAAGACAAACUGUGUCUAAAAUCUCAAGAAAGGAAUGUUACUAUUGUAGAAGAUGGAAAUUGAAAUUAUUUAAACUACCAAUAAUGUGUAGUCUACCAAUUGAAAGAGUAAUUUCUUCACGAACCCUUGAACAUGUAGGUCUAGAUUAUAUAGAACCAAUUAAUGUAGAUAUUAGAGGCAAACUUGAAAGUAUCACUUCAGAUAAUGCACCUCAAUUUAUUGCGUUAGCUAAGAAUUACAGUAUUAAAUAG